GUUUGAGUCUCUCAGACCAUGACAACAAAACCACAAAUCUACAGUUUUUCAUACCCUCUUUUACUUGUAGCUUAUUUAAAAGCCUCACCGUCGACCCUUCUUUGAGCCCGCCCCUGCCUUGACUCUGCUUCCUCUCCUCUCCUCUCCUCUUUUCUUUCUUUCCGAUCGGCAGAGCAAACCGCGAUUUCCUCUUUCUAGUUUUUUUCUCCUGCGGAUCAGUUCGUGGAAUUUGGGGUCCUGGAUUGGACUGUAUAUUUUUUUGUGCUUCCUCUGUUUUGUUUGCACCUGCUCUGUUCCUCUGCUUUCUUUAACCUGUCGUCGGGAUAAAGAGAAUGGAGAGGCUUUCUUCCACGACGCUUCUCCCCGAGGCGUUCCAGGGGACGAGGGACGACAUCACGCAGCAGAUGGGGAUCGUGUGGGAGCACAUCAAGUCGCCGGUGGUGGUGCCUCUGCUGAGGCUCGCCGUCCUCAUCUGCCUCGCCAUGUCGCUCAUGCUGUUCGUCGAGAAGGUGUACAUGGCGGUGGUCAUCGUGCUGGUCCGCCUGUUCCGGCGGCGACCCGAGACCAACUACAAGUGGGAGCCGAUGGGCGAGGACCCCGAGGCCGGCAAUGCCGCCUACCCGAUGGUGCUCGUCCAAAUCCCCAUGUACAACGAGAAAGAGGUGUACCAGCUAUCGAUCGCCGCUGCGUGCGGGCUAUCAUGGCCGUCGGACCGCAUCAUAAUUCAGGUGCUGGACGACUCGACGGAUCCGGCGAUCAAGGAGUUGGUGGUGAAGGAGUGCCACCGGCGGGCGAGCAAAGGGGUGAACAUAAAGUACGAGAUCAGGGAGAACAGGAACGGGUACAAGGCAGGGGCGCUGAAGGAGGGCAUGAAGCACAGCUACGUGAAGCAAUGCGACUACGUGGCCAUCUUCGACGCCGACUUCCAGCCGGAGCCCGACUUCCUGAUGCGCUCCGUCCCCUUCCUCCUCCACAACCACAACAUCGCCCUCGUCCAAGCCCGCUGGAAAUUCGUGAACUCGGAUGAAUGUUUGAUGACGAGGAUGCAGGAGAUGUCCCUGGAUUACCAUUUCACGGUGGAACAGGAAGUGGGAUCCUCCACCUGCGCCUUCUUCGGAUUCAAUGGGACUGCUGGUGUCUGGAGGAUUUCUGCUCUCAACGAAGCGGGAGGAUGGAAGGAUCGGACCACGGUCGAAGACAUGGAUUUGGCUGUUCGAGCAAGCCUCAGGGGCUGGAAAUUCAUAUUCCUUGGAGAUCUCGAGGCAAUCCUUACUCAGUCUCAUCCUCCAUUGCAAUAUGAUUGUGCUGAUUCAUGGUUCUUAUUGAUUGAGCAGGCUAAAAGCGAGCUCCCGAGCACUCUCAAGGCCUACCGCUAUCAGCAGCACAGAUGGUCAUGCGGACCAGCAAACUUGUUCAGGAAAAUGGCGGUGGAGAUCGCCAUGAACAAGAAAGUGAACCUCUGGACCAAGAUUCAUGUGAUAUACAGCUUCUUCUUCGUUCGGAAAAUCGUCGCUCACAUCGUCACCUUCAUAUUCUACUGCGUCGUCAUCCCCGCGACGGUGUUGGUUCCUCAAGUGCAAGUGCCGAAGUGGGGUUUAGUCUACGUGCCCUCCAUCAUCACCAUGCUCAAUGCUGUCGGGACUCCGAGGUCUCUUCACUUGCUCGUCUUCUGGAUCCUUUUCGAGAACGUCAUGUCGUUGCACAGAACAAAGGCGACCUUCAUCGGCCUCUUGGAAGUAGGGAGAGUGAAUGAGUGGGUGGUCACGGAGAAGCUGGGCGACAUCAUGAAGACUAAAAAUGGUGGCAAAGCAGCAAGGAGAUUCAGACUCAGGAUUGGUGAAAAGUUGCAUCUUUUGGAGCUCUUUACUGGAGCUUACCUCUACUUCUGUGGCUGCUACGAUCUGGCCUUCGGGAGCAACCAUUACUACCUCUACCUCUUCGCCCAAGGAACUGCCUUCUUCAUCGUCGGACUCGGCUAUGUCGGCACUUUCGUCCCCCGUUCCUGAAGCUAUUCAUUGUGAUCAAGCAAACAAUAAAAGCUUAAGAAGCAAUGCGAGGCACUGAAGAAGGCAAACUUGUGUCGAUAGGAUUCCUUGUGUGAAUAUUCUUUUGAGCAUUGUGAAACCUUAUAGAUAGAAAUUUUCAUUCUUCCAGCCGUAGCUCCGAAUGCCAGUAGAAAUCGGCGUUUGUUGAAUUCAAAGAAGGAAUUGAUGGCGAACAGAAUUCCAU